GGUCGAUCUGCCUGCUCUGCACGUUUCUUGUGUCGGGAUUUCUACGGAUACAGAUGAUCGGUCGUAGAUCCUAACUUGGUUAUCUUAUUGUGACUACGACAAUCAAGUUCUUCCGAUCUACCUGCAGCAGCUUGCACCAUCACUGUCAAACAUGAGUCGCAACUUCGUCCCCGCAGCAUUAGCCAUCGGCGUGGGCAUAUUGACCGGCUACUAUACCUUCCAACCCGCACUACAAGAAUUACAAAUCGAGAAGCGCAAGCCUCUAUCGACAAGUGGACAGACAGAGCAAUCGGGUGAUAGUCAAAUGCAGCGUCAGACUCCCGCGUCAAGCUCGGAGACCAAGCCGUCGGACCAGCAGAGGUAGCGCUGAGCGAGAAGCCGGAUAAAGGCGGAAUUGAAGAUAGAAGGUUUCCGCAGGCGCAGGGACUUCGAACUGAACCCACGGGUGCUGAAACAUGUGGGAGCAACGUGGUGCAAGACAUCUCUGCCUGGAGAUAGAACGUCACAGCGCGUCGCUUUCGAGGGACCUAGCUGCGCCAUCGCGGGACCAGACAGCUACCUACAUGAUGGCGUAGAGCUCACCGUCAACUGGUGUCGACGGGUUUGCUUUCAAGCUUGGUUGCACAACCAAUCACCACGGAUGGCAGUCGCUAAUGCUUCCCAUCUGAGAAGUAUGCUUCGUUCAUCGACACAUGGACAGGUGAUCCACUGUGGUAUAACUAGUAUCUGCUGUGCUGUAUAAAGAUCAAACCAUAUGCAAACGUAUAUUAGCGCAU